UAUUAGAGGCGCACAUUAGGGGUAUUUACGUCAUUCCGGUCUCAAUCUCAACUAUAAAAGGCAGAGAUAGCCCUCUAAUCCAUUCCCACAACAAUAUCGAUUAUUAGAAUUUCGCUCAUCAAUUUGAGGCUCUGUUUAUACACUUUUUCAAGAUGCAAAUUUUCGUGAAAACCCUAACUGGCAAGACUAUCACCCUUGAGGUGGAAAGCUCAGACACUAUUGACAAUGUAAAAGCUAAGAUUCAAGACAAGGAGGGUAUUCCCCCGGACCAGCAAAGACUGAUUUUUGCUGGCAAGCAGCUUGAGGAUGGACGCACCCUUGCUGAUUAUAACAUCCAAAAGGAAUCAACUCUCCACUUGGUGCUCCGAUUAAGGGGUGGUAUGCAGAUCUUUGUAAAGACCCUUACUGGCAAGACUAUCACCUUGGAAGUUGAGAGUUCAGACACUAUUGACAAUGUUAAAGCCAAAAUUCAAGACAAGGAGGGUAUUCCCCCAGAUCAGCAGAGGUUGAUCUUUGCCGGGAAACAGCUCGAGGAUGGACGCACUCUUGCUGAUUAUAAUAUUCAAAAAGAGUCUACACUCCACUUGGUGCUCCGGCUUCGUGGCGGUAUGCAAAUCUUUGUGAAGACCCUCACCGGCAAGACUAUUACUUUGGAGGUGGAGAGUUCUGAUACCAUUGACAAUGUCAAGGCCAAGAUCCAAGACAAGGAAGGGAUCCCACCAGAUCAGCAGAGGCUUAUCUUUGCUGGUAAGCAGCUUGAGGAUGGGCGAACACUUGCCGACUAUAACAUUCAGAAGGAAUCCACCCUCCACUUGGUGCUCCGUCUCCGUGGUGGCAUGCAGAUUUUUGUGAAGACACUCACUGGAAAGACCAUCACUUUGGAGGUUGAGAGCUCAGACACCAUAGAUAACGUGAAGGCAAAAAUCCAAGAUAAGGAGGGGAUCCCACCAGACCAGCAGAGGUUGAUUUUUGCUGGUAAGCAGCUUGAAGAUGGUAGGACUCUUGCUGAUUACAACAUUCAGAAGGAGUCUACCUUGCACUUGGUGCUACGUCUGCGAGGAGGAAUGCAGAUUUUUGUCAAAACCCUGACUGGGAAAACCAUCACCCUGGAGGUUGAGAGCUCUGACACAAUUGAUAAUGUGAAGGCUAAAAUCCAGGACAAGGAGGGAAUUCCCCCAGACCAACAGAGACUGAUCUUCGCUGGGAAGCAAUUGGAGGACGGGCGCACCCUGGCAGACUACAAUAUCCAGAAGGAAUCAACUCUGCAUCUUGUCCUCCGCCUCCGUGGUGGUUUUUAAGCAGUUAUGUACUGAUCAAGAACAUUGUGUUGGGUGUUUUAUCUAUGAUGUAUGGUGGUGUGUCCUGUGGUUUGCAAUUUGUAUUAAAUUGCUGGUCAAUAAGUUCUUGAAACUCUUGAAAUUUUCUAUGUUUUUUCUGAAGUUUUAAUUACUGUUUUAUCUUAUUAUAUGAAAGUGACCCACCGCACGGGGUUCAUUCAUUCUAUUGCAGCCUGGUAUUUGGUGUAUAAUAAAGUUUCUAUCUCGUGCAA